AUGCCCUCCUUCUUCCCCUUCACCCCGGGCCAGGAGUCUCGCGCCCGCUUCCAGCCCGAAUCCUCCCCACUCCUCGGUCGCUUCCGAGCCGUUCCGCCUUCCACCGCCCGGAGGCCCUCUCAUGGCGCGCUAGGCCUGUUGUCUUCGGCCCUCGGGAACGGCCGAGGGAGCGUCCAUGUCGGCUACGGCGCCGUCUUGGCGGCCGGCCUCGAUGAUGACGACGACGACGACGACGAUGAUGUGCAGGCGGCGCUUGAUGACGCGCACAACGAGGGCAGGGGGUGGUGGAGGAGGCUAUGGAGGAAGACGGUGGAUGUUUGGAUCGAGCCGAAGCAGGGCGCCGUGAGGAGGGUGGUCGAUGUUUGGUGGAGUCGAUAUGGUGUUUUGGUCGUGCUGCCGGCCGUCCUGGCCAUCGGAUGGUGUGCCCUUCCCUUCCCGCAGUAUCCCCUCCUCGACGACGGCGACGGCAACGAUCACCACGGCGGCGACGGCGUCCCCUCUGAUGCCCCCACGCGCAAGACACCCGGCCACGGCCAGCCUCGCGUGCGCGUCAACUUUUGGUUCUUCCUCUUCGUCUACUACAAUUUCUACAACCUGACCGCCCUCAUAUGGAUCACAAAAGUCUUCAACCUCUACAGCCUCAACUGGUGGCCCCAGUCUCUUGGCUUCCUGCCCACCGUCUCACUCAUAGCCACCCUCGCCCUCGUACUCCCGAUCCCCAUCUACCUCCGCCCCGAGACGCGCUUCCUCACCGUCCACAACACCUCGUGGAUCGCCUGGACCUUCAUCGUCAUGGCUGCCCCCGUCGCCAUCGCCUUCCUCAUCCUCACAACGUCCCAGCGCCACCACCUGGGCCUCCGCAACCGCAUGUCCGACACGCAGCGCAUCUUCACGACCUCUUGGUGGACCGGCGGCGACCUCGGCGGCGCCACCCCUCCUCGUCGCGUUCUAGCCGGCCCCGCCCCUGACGCGCAUGGCAGCCAGCAGGGCCGCCGCGGGCGGCAGACCCAGCAGCGUCAACACCAGCAGCCGCUGCUGGCCCGUCUGCGAGCCCGCUGGCUUCCCGCCAGCUUUGUGCGCUUCGUCUGGUUCUGCCUCGCGCUCCUCGUCGGCCUCAUGGCGUACGUCAUAGGAGAGGCGUACGCUGAGAUAUACCUCCGCACGCUGCCUCACGACAACCUCGAGACCAUCAUGUACGUCUACAGCUGGGUCGUCACCGUGCACCUGCUCGACCUGUUGACGGGCUGGCUGCUCGGCAUACGCGAGGGCGAGCGCGUCGGGAGCUACCCGCUGAGCUGGAUCUUCAAGCU